AUGGGUCCUGUUCUUACGCAGUCGCGUGCAAUUCUAACUAUAAUUAGGCCCACGAGUUUUCUUGUUCCUAAAAGAUCCUUUGCUCAUGCGAAUGGAAAAGACGAAGAGGAGCUGAAGAAGGCAAGAGAGUGGCUCGCAAAUUUUUCCAGAAAUACAAUACCUCGCAGCAUAUGUACUGCAUCUUUCAGUCGUUCUAGUGGACCUGGAGGCCAAAAUGUAAACAAAGUCAAUUCUAAAGCGACAUUGAAGGUUCCUCUGAUUUCAUUAUUACCAUUGGUACCUCCAAUAAUUCACGAACGGCUACGAUCGUCUCGCUAUCUAGCCGACAGAAGCGACUCCUUGGUGAUCCAAUCAGACGAGGACAGGAAACAAUCUAGCAAUCUUGAAUCUUGUUUUUCGAAGCUCUACAAGCUGAUUGAAGCAUCUGCAAGGGAAGUAAUUCCCGGAGAAACAUCCCAGGAGCAAAAGGACCGAGUGAAAACCCUGAAAAGGGCAGAAGGAGAGGGCAGACUCAAAAUGAAAAAACUACAAAGCCUUAAAAAGAGCAGUCGCAGAGGAAGCAAAUAUGACGAUUGA